UGAGAGAGAGAAAGGGAGAAAGGGAGAAAGGGGCAGCUGAAAGAAAAGGGUAAAGAAGAAGGGGAAAGCGGGUUCAGGAAUAGUCGAGACGAUUCUGUAUCCUUCACGCGUGGCUUCGAUCCGCUGGUAAAUCGGGAAAGGAGAUAUUUCAUUUGGCGUUUUUGCGUCAAACUUCAGUCAAAUCUUUUGUAAGCAAUUGAAUUACAUGGAGCACUUCAUACAUUGGAUACCAAUGUGUUCAAUGGGUUAAAGGAUAUGGAUUAUCUCCAUGUUAUGCUGGGUUCUCUAUACAAUUAUUUUCUGAUUUCCAUAUUUUUGUUUUGCGGUUUCCAAGAAUCAGAAUCUCAGAAAACUGCACUUCAACCUAAAUCACAUGUUCCUGACAAGUUUGUUUUGUCGGAUCCUUCUAGUGGUCUUUUUGGCCCUAUUGAAAUUUCACCUUCUGCAGUCCCAAGGAAUCCAUAUCCUGUUGAACCACUGUCACCAAUGUAUCCUUCCUUUCCUAGAACUUAUGAACCUGUGUUAACUGGGAAGUGCCCUGUGAAUUUCUCAUCAAUUUUAAAUAUUUUGGACAAGACUGCAUCUGAUUGUUCCGCACCUUUAGCAGCACUUGUUGGGAAUGUUAUUUGUUGUCCCCAAGUGCACAGUCUUUUGCACAUUUUCCAAGGCACUUACAGCCACAAGUCUGAUAUGCUUGUGCUAAACCAGAGUGAUUCUGAUCAUUGCUUUUCAGAUAUUAUUAGUAUAUUGACAAGCAGAGGUGCCAACAGCACUAUUCCUGAACUUUGCUCUGUAAGACCAUCAAAUCUCACCGGUGGUUCAUGUCUUGUAAAGGAUGUUAUGGAGUUUGAAAAGGUGGUGAAUUCAAGCAAGUUAAUAGGUGCAUGUGAUACCAUUGAUCCGCUUACAGAGUGCUGCAGGCCUGCCUGUCUACCUGCAAUCAUGCAAGCUGCAUUUGCCAUUUCACGAAGUAGGAAUACUGAUACCGAAAUUUCGAGUAUUUCAGGAGGUGCUACAAGUGUUAAUGUUGUCAGCGACUGUAAAGAUGUUGUUUAUGCAUGGCUUUCUAGGAAACUGUCAUUAGAAGCUGCCAACACUGCAUUUAGGAUGCUUUCUAGCUGCAAAGUUAAUAAAUAUUGCCCAUUGAAGUUUGAAGAACCCUCCAAUGUAAUUAAGCAAUGUAGGGAUCUGGCAUCUCCAAAUCCACUCUGCUGCGCUUCGUUAAAUGCUUAUAUUGGACAGUUACAGAAACAAAUGCUUAUAACAAAUAAACAGGCCAUCAAUUGUGCAGCAUUUUUCGGGUCCAUGUUGCAAAAAGGAGGGGUUAUGACAAACAUUUAUGAGCUUUGUGAUGUCGACUUAAAGGACUUCAGUCUCCAAGCCUAUGGACAACAAGGGUGUCUGCUUCGGAGUUUGCCAGCAGAUGUUAUAUUUGACAACACCACAGGGGUUAGUUUCACUUGUGACUUGAGUGAUAACAUUGCUGCCCCAUGGCCUUCAUCGUCUUACUUUUCAUCCAUCUCCUUUUGUGCACCUGAGAUGUCUUUGCCUGCUCUGCCCGUGUCACCAACCUCUGGCAACAUAGGUAAUUACUAUGCCAGGAGGGUGGGUGUUUUUGCACACUUAACUUUGUGUUUGGUUUAUGGAAGUUUGUUAUGAGAGGAUGGUCAGGCCAGCAGUUUAUUUAUACCUUGAGCGAUUCAUUUUCCUGUACAGCAUGCUUUGUGUUGUUUCCACAACAAUCUGAGCUGAAUAUUCACGCACUUUGGUAACGGUUAUUUUUUUAAAAGAGAUUUUGAAUUCAGCUCAUUGAAUCUUUCUGAAUGUGAAUAUGGAUUGUAGAUUGAAUACUUUCAGAUGGCUUGGUUUCCU